CAAAAUUAGAGACGCAAAAGAAGGAACCGAUCCCUAUCUCAAAUUACUUUUGUUGGCAUGAAAAAAAAUGUGACAAGUGUGCUCAUGCAUGUGUUUGUGUUUGUGCGAUGAGUUGAGAGACGGUUUUAGCUUAAUAUGUAUGGCGUGGCGUGUGUGUAACGAUUACCAUUUAUAAUCUUUUUACAUAAGCAUACGUUACCCCCCACAUGAUAUACAUACAUACAUAAUACAUUCCUCGCUCUUCAUUGCCCUCAAGACUCGUCUAAAGUGAGAAUUUAGAAAUGGAGCAGGAGAGGAUGAAGAGAGCAAGAGAAGGAAAUGAAGAAAGUGAGAAUAACAAGGCAAAGAAAAGAGAUGUGAGUGGCAUAAAGUUGACGAAUGAGGUGGGAAAAGAGAAGGAGGGUUUUUCUUCCGAGAUGGGACUUGGGGUAUUCGAUUUCCCUUGGCUGAAAGAUGGUGUCACGUCUAUAUCAGAGGACUAUUCGUUGGAUUUUGAAGACAAAUUAUCGUCAUUGCUAGAACAAGAAGACGCUGCUGCUAGUAUUCAUCCAAUGGCUCAUAUUCCAGAAGCCAAUAAUUUGGAGGAUCUUACAUGGCAGACAUUUGAAAGUGACAUGUUGAAGUUGGAAGCAGAAGAUGUGGAUUGCAUUUGGAGCUUUCUGCUUAAUCAAACUCUCUGAACGCUCAUUCAGCUAGCAUGCUUGUUUUGUUUCAUGUUAAUUAAUAGUUCAUCUUAGGUGAAUUAAUUAGGUGGUGUUUUUCUUUCUCUUCCAAUUUAAUUUAAACCAUUUCCUUUCUGCA